AUGACCAAGCCCCUCACACUUAUUGGCCAGAUUUCAGCUUUUCGGCCGGCGGCCCCCGGCGGCCCCCGGCGCACCAAUAAGAAUUACCGGAUCCGGCGUGGCAGUUCAAAAGCCGCCGUGCCCGUGACUCGCGGAAACGUUUUCAUUGCAUGCAUAUUCUUACACUCUGCUUCCCAGGACACGACGCCUUCGUCAGCCAAGUAUGGCUCAGCCACAGCCCGCCCCGUUCCGGCCGACAGUGAAUGGCGCUACAACUACAAGCUGGAUGGUACGUUGCUUGGGGUCAAUGGCCGCCCGAGCGGUGGAGCCGGCUCUUGUCUGACGAGGGAAGGCGACGUGAGGCAGCCUCGUGGGAGGAAGCUUGCCCCAGCUACGGGGAACAGCGGUCCCUAG